AUGCCCGAAACUCAUGAGCGGCAAAGGAAGAAGUCAGACUCGCUUUACGGAGGCGACAGCAUUGGAGGGACUUACACGCUUCCAAAUUUUGCGUCCGAAGCUCCUUUAACGGAAGUAAGGAAGAAUCGUUUACUUGCUGUCAAUAGAGAUACAUUAGAUAGAAAGGGACAUAACCAGUGCAAUGAACAGAUAAAGGAUGCUUUGAGUGAUGUUCAACAACAGGCUACACAGAGCGAUUCACAGGGUUUUUUGAAGCUCGAUUAUAACGAAUCUGGUGAUACUGAAGAUGUGCUCUCCGCACCAAGAAACAUCGGCAAGGAUUUCUCGAGCAGGGCAGAGUCAAAUAGAGAAAGAGGUCACAAUGGAUUCUCUACGGAAAGGGAAAUAUCAUUGCCAAAUGGAAAGAAAUUGUUCACACACGAAGGGAACAACUCGAGAAGUUUACAUGAAAAAUUGUCAUUAAAGCAUGUUGAUACUAGCUCGUCCAUUUUGGGUCAAAGGGCUUCGUACGCUGUUUGUGAUGUUGUACAACCGAUGAAUGAAAAUAUACGGAUGGAUGAAAAAGUAAACCUGAGACGACGUGGUAGUUCGGGGUCCGAACUUCAAGAAGCACAAAACUCGAACUUCAAAACUUUAGCUCCCGGGUCAUGUUCAUUACAAGAUUCAAAUGAAGCAAGAGUAGAUCCAUUAACUGCAGAAAUUCCCAAUGUCAGAGGACAAAGCCGGUUGAAUAGAAAGGAUGAUAGAGGCAUCCUGGUGCAAAAUGCGCCCCUUGUUUUUCCUCAAGAAUCCGACUUGGCACUCUCAAAUCAAACUACCUCAAAGGUAGACGAUGAACCCUCGCGGUCCCUCGGAACCACGCCUUGUAGGAGUAACACCGAAUCUGUCAUCACGAGAGACGCCGAGAAAAUCAAACAAACAGGUUUGACUGACAGCUUUAAAGGCAACCAACCAGACAACACCCUGAGUGACGCGAACGAUCGUUCGGUUCAGAUUUUAGUCCAAACCCAUCCCGACGGCGGAUGGGGCUGGGUUGUAUGUUUUGGCGCAUUUAUAGUCCAGUUCAUCGCCCUCGGCAUGCAAAAUACAGCAGGUAUUGUUUACACGGAACUGGUGAAGGAACUAAAGACUCCCAGAGGAGCCACAGGUUGGUAAAAGCAGGAGCCCCUAAUGAGCUCCUGGUAAAGUUAAAAAGUGAUAGCUAUAGUUUAUCGUCCUACAAGAAAAAUAAACUUGUCACAAUGCCAGACACGCGUAGCAACUAAACAUGGCUGUAAUUGAAAAGAGUAAUAUAAACUUCUAGUCAUGAUAAGUUUCAGUCUUUGUGUAGAAGUGCAACUUUGUCAACGAAGUUAUCUUUAUUACAUUUUUUCCAGCUUGGGUCGGGUCACUUGCGACUGGGAUCAUGUUUUUCCUCGGCCCACUUACCACCUCGAUGUGUGAAAGACUCGGCUGCAGAAUCGUAACCAUUUGCGGGGGUCUCAUCUGCAUCGCAGGGCUUUUACUUUCGUCAUUAGUUACCAGUCUAUUUCCGUUGUAUUUAACUUACGGUCUCAUGUUUGGGGCUGGGACGAGCCUUUGCUAUUUUCCCACAAUAAUUGUGCUUUCUAAAUACUUCAAACGCCGAAUUGCGGUCGUGAAUGGCCUGGUAACAGCUGGAAGUGGAGUGGGAACGCUAGUGAUUGGCCCAGUCGCCCAAGUACUGUUUUUGCGUUUUGGCGUACCAAACACUUUUCGAAUCGUGGCAGGAAUUUUCACCAUGGUGAUAUUAUGCGGAGCAACGUUUCGACCCGUUCCUGCCAAGUACCUUCAGAACAUUAGAGAUUCUGAGGGGGAGCGGAAAAGAAAGCUUUUUGACUGGAGCAUUUUCAAGAAUAAGGGAUAUGUUAUCUGGAUCGCUUCUCUGGCGACAUUUCAGCUUGGUUAUUUCGUACCAUUUGUACACCUGGUAAGAGUUCUAACUAGGGGAUCAGUCGUUCUGUAUCGUCUGGGGGAGAGCAAAUGAUUUGGAAAGGAUAACAUCGUUUUCAGGGUUAGUGGAGGGGGAUCAGUCGUUGCCGACAGAGUAUAAAAGUAAAAUAUAGAAAAUUGAUGGGCAAUUAACUGCCAAUGAUGGAAGAAUCAUAACAAUAUUACAGACUUAUAGGGCGAUCAGGUUGAUUAUCACGACACAACUCCACCCCCCCCCCAGGAGAUGAAUAAUGACCGAUCGCUAACUAACCUAAGCAACUUAAUAAUGUUACUUAAUGUUACUUUUUUAUUUAAGGUAACUUUUAAAGCCCGAGCUUUCAUUUCAGUGAGUAUUCUACCCUUGUCCCCUCAGCCUGCAUAAACAUCUGAGUGAGAGUGUUAGUUGCCCUGUCUAAAAACGCUGCACAGGAACACCACUGAGAUAGCCCCUUGUUCAACUUUUUGACUCUUAACUGACCCACCGAAUUCUUACUGCAGUCGCAUAGUGGAAAAGUGCUCAAGAGAGGAUAACUAAAGAAAACUUUCAUAAAUAUUUGGCUUCCACGGGAAGCUCAUUUUUUUCCUUGGCUUUAAAACGAUGUUCAUCCCUUCUGAAAGAAAACUUUGAUGAAUCUAGAAUGUCACCGAUUGAAACUAAAUGUUUAGUCAAAACAAACGAUAAAUAUUUAAGCGACUGAGAUACUGUCUUAAUAUCAGGUCAGACAUGCCGAAGAUCUAGGCGUUCCACCGACAGAUGCUUCGUUCCUGAUAGGUUACUUAUCGGUGGCGUCGACAGCUGGAAGACUUUUUUUCGGUAAAAUGGCGGAUCUUUCCUGCGUCAACAGAGUCCACAUGUAUCAGAUGGGACUCUCUAUAAUUGGUUUAUGUUCCUUUUUUGUCACCAUGGCAACAGGAUACGGCGGUUUGGUUGCCUAUGCUGUUAUCUUCGGGUUCUUUGAGGCAUGCUACAUUUUGCUGAUUCCGCUGGUCACAAGUGACAUCGUGGGCCUCCGAAAGAUGUCUUACGCUCUUGGUAGUGCAUUCACUGUCAUGGCAUUCCCAAUGUUUUUGGGACCUCCCAUCGCAGGUUCGUUUUAG